GAUGCUGCAGACGGCGGCGGAGCCGGGCGGCUGGGCAGGCAUGAAGAGACCCCUGAGCCCGUCUCACUCCCCUGAGAGUGGGGUGCGGCUGGUGGAGAUGGGCAGCUGCCCCCCCAGCCAGCCCGAGCAGCGCAUGAAGCGGGAGAAGAAGCACCAGUCGUUCACGCUCUGCGAGGUCUGCAACAUCCAGCUCAACUCGGCCGCGCAGGCGCAGAUCCACUACAAUGGCAAGUCCCACCAGAAGCGCCUCAAGCAGCUCAACAAGGGGAAGAUGCCAGUGGCCCAAGGUCCCUCUGGACACAGCAGCCCCCUCUUAGCAUCGUUGCCUAUUCCCGGCCGGCCCCUCCACCCCCCCUUGGACAUCAAGCACUUUCUGACCUUCAGGCUCAACGGGACGUCACCGCUCAACCUCUUCCCCAACUUCAACACGAUGGACCCAGUGCAGAAGGCAGUGAUCAGCCAUACCUUUGGUGUGCCCACCCCUCUCAAGAAGAAGCAGUUCAUCUCCUGCAACAUCUGCCACCUCCGCUUCAACUCUGCAAACCAGGCAGAAGCUCAUUACAAGGGCCACAAGCACGCGCGGAGGCUGAAAGCCAUCGAGGCCAUGAAGAACAAGCAGAAGGCAGCGGGGGCUUCACUGGUGGCCACGAGCCCAGACAGCGCAGCCGACUUCACCCCCAGCCCCGAGGGCAGCAGGGACCCUGGCAGCACAGCUCAAGCCAAUGGUCUGCAGGAGCUGGAGGGUGAGGGCAGCAGCCGGGGGCUGACACCCAGCGCCGAGGAGCCGCCCAUGGAGCUGCCGGGCAGCGCCGCCCCCCUGGGAUCCCCGCCGGCCUCCGAGAUCUCCGAGGGCACCUCAGAUGCCACCAGCGUCACCUCCUCGGCCGCGCCAACAGCCGAGGUGCAGGCAGCCGAGUCGGGCAGCAGUGCCAGCUCAGCCCCCGAGGGCGAGAAGGAGGGGAAGAAGAGCAAACAGCACCUGUACUGUCCCACCUGCAAAGUCACUGUCAACUCCCUGUCCCAGCUGGAGGCUCAUAACACCGGUGCCAAGCACAAGUCCAUGCUGGAAGGUCAUGGCACCCAGCUGCGGCGGGGCCGGGGCAAGCUCCUCUCCCGGCCGGGCCACAAGUCCAAGCGGAUCGGCAACAAGGGCAGCAUCAACAUCCAGAACAAGGCGUUCCACUGCCAAGUGUGCGAGAUCUACGUGAACUCAGAGACCCAGCUCAAACAGCACAUGAGCAGCAGGAGGCACAAAGACAGGCUGGCAGGGAAGCCACCUAAGCCCAAGUACAGCCCCUACAACAAGCUGCAGAAGAACGCUGCCCUCGCAUCCAAGCUGGCUUUGCAGAAGCAUCUCACCAAGACCCUGGCGACGCGCUUCCUGCCCAGCCCGCUUACGGCUGCCGCCGUCUGCGCCAUGCCGGGCCCGCUGGCCCUGCGUCCAGCCGCUGCCACCACCCUCUUCCAAGCGCCGAUCCUCGGACCAGCCCUUUUCCGAACGCCGCCAGCGCACGUCCGCACCACGCCGGGCCCCAUCGUCUUUGCACCCUACUAGAGCUGCUCGCCCACCAAGGGUCCGUCCCUUCAGGGCAGCGCUCCCGGGCAGGCUGCUCUUCUGGCUGGUGGGAAAUCAUAGUCGCAGACACCAACCCCGGCUUCUCCUUUGCUUCGAGCGGGCUCCUGCUGGAGUGAGACACCCCGGCAGGGCCCAGCCAGCCCCACCUGUCCUCAGCCUGCUGGCUUCUUUUUCAUCGCCCUCCCAGGUACCAGACUGGAAGAAGAGGACCCAGCUGCUCCUUGGGGAAUGAGCAUCCCUCUGGAUGGCUGGUCCCUGCCAGCCCAGUGGGAAGGGAACUGUAAACGGAGUCUCAGCUCAGCUUUUACUGGGAGAAAUUACCCUGGCACAAGCAGAAAGUUGGUGGUUCCCCUCUCAGAAGGGGCUGGCUAUGCUCUCACCAGCCCCACACUUGCCUGUGCUGGCCAGGGGUUUCCGUGCCCACCAGCCCCCUGUGCCCCACAACGUCCCACCAGCCAAAGAGCCCCCACCGCGGCGGGCACCGGCCACUCUGACCGUGUCUCCACUCCGAGAGCAAUAGCUGCAGCCCCUCCAAAGCACACUGCCCUGCCCUGGGCCUGGGAAGCACACGACAGGGGCGUGCGGCUGGGGACGGGCUCUGUUCCAGCCCAGUGAGAGCCACCAGUGCCAGGGUGACCCUGUGCUCAGCACCAGCUGUUUGCCUCUGUCCCAGCCGUGGGGGACAGGUCUGCCCCUACCUCCCGGGAGGUGCUGUGAGGCUGAGUGAAUGUCCCUAAAGCACUUUUGGUUCUCCAGUGAAAGGCAACGCUGCUGCUCGCCUGCCCGCAGCUGCCGUGCCUGGCUGCCCAGCCCCAUCCUCCUUAGGAGCUUCCAGGGAGUUACUGACGACUCCCACAAACAACGGUGUCCCCAGCAGUCUGGACAAUCAGGUAUGAAGGAGCAGGUGGCACCUGCAGCCUAUGCCUGGCGCUCUCCCUGCAAUUGUCCCAUCGUAGCCUGUGGAAAACCAGGCUCCAGAGGGACCCUGAAGCUGUAGCUCUGCUUUUCACUGUGCUCAGAAAGCCCAGCGAUGAUCUGGUCUGAAAACUGUAACCACGGCGCCCCGGGUCCCCGGCACACUGCUGUAAAUAGAAACAUGCAGGAAAGUUGCAACCCAAAUGGACCUCACGCUGGAGUGACAACCCACCCCGAUCUAUGCAAUCCAGGGGCAGCUCGCCCGCCGCAUUUGCUGUCUGCGUUUUCCUUUGGUGCUCAAGCUGCCUGUGCAGCCAGGAGUGGUGGUUGGAGCAGAAAGCACAACACAACACUGAGUUCUGUGCAGACGAUUCCCUCCUCAUCCACGGGCCCCGGGUGCUGGCUCAGAGACCCCUGCUGCUGCAGCCCUUGGGAAGGCCGGGUGGGUUGUGCCCCUCAGAACCCACAUGCACGUGUGUCCAACAUCUUGGCCAUAAGAAGCACCUGGAGUUCAGGAGGAUUUUGCCCAGCACCCUCCACCGACAAUGGGAGGUGAAUGGGAACCAGCCAAUAGGAAACUCAUGCAGCUGAAAUGCUUCUACUUCCCAGUGCUGGCAGGAGCUGGAGCCUCAGGCAAGAGCAGGAAACCUGUACCAAGGGAGCAGGGAGCCAUGGAGCCAUGUGCCUGCAUCUGGAGAGUCUGUGUCUCCUGCUGUGGGCAGCACUGACCCACAGUGCCACUGCUGCAGGGGACACAGGAGAGAGGGAGCCCCUAGGUAUGGAUUAAUCUGCUCAGAGCAUCUCCCCUAUGCCCCAGGGGAGUGGGUAAGUGGAGAGAGGGCACCAGGAGAAGGGAAGAGUGAGCUUGUGUGGAAGGCUGGAAGAGACGACCAAAAGGUGGUGGUGGGAGAUCUGGCUCAGGGAGCAGUUGAGGGAAGGAAGGCUCCCAGCAGCAGUGGCUUUGUCAGGUCCCACAGCCAAUGGGACACAUGCAGCCUGGACCCUGUGUCCCACAGGACAGCAGCUGGUGCUGGCAGGGACGCAGCUCCCACAGCAUGGCUGUGCCUCCAUGGCUCAGUGGCUCCAGCCCUCCCCUGCCCAGCUCACUGUGCCCUUCCCAGGCUGCCUUGCCAGAUCCCCGGCCACAGCAGCAGCCCCUCCUGAACUGCCCACCAGCCUCCAGAGCACAGGGAGCCACGAGCUGCUGAGUCUUUCCCUGCAUCUAGUUCCGAAGAGCCUGUGCUGGAGCCAGCAGCUCCAUCAGCCCUCACCAGUGGAGUCCUGACACACUCCUACACUUGGCACUUUAACCCUUUGAAAGCCAUUCCUUCUGAUAACAAUAAUACUGCAACCAGCUGCGUAAGAACAGCCUCCCCCUGGCAUCCCUGUCUGCAGGUCCCUCCCUGCUCCCACGCUAUCCAAAGCAUUUUCUGCCUCUGACGUAGCUGUGCUGUGAUAGGGCAUAGUCCAUAGUGCUCGGUACCGUGUGCCCCUCUGUGCAUACCCUUGGAGUGAUGUGAACAGUUUGACUCAAGAAAACAAAACACCCCACGACGAUGGAAUAAACAGACUCUAGGGACUUGGCCAGUACCCCUCCCGUAAUGUUCACUGUAUAUUUUUUUGAUGUACUAUAACUGUUGGGGAAAAAAAAAAAAAGGAAAAUAUUUUGAU